GACAGAUCGUACACUGUCCAGUUGGACAAUUUGUGGGCAUUCAGACUGUGGACUCACAGUAAACAUGACAGUUAGUCAUUAACACAGUUUAAACACAGGAUAUCCCAUUCCUUCAACUUCUUCUCUUAGAUCGUUACAGAAAAUCUUCAGGAUGGUCCACCGAGGUGUCAUUGUGCUCGUUGCUCUGUGGUCAUCAGGUGCAAUUGGCCAAUCAGUGUUCCAAGACAGGCCCCAAGCCCACAUGCUCUUGCGACAUAAGCGGGCCAAUAGUUUUCUAGAGGAGAUCAAGCCCCCAUCCAAGGAACGUGAGUGUGUGGAAGAGGUGUGCAACUUCGAGGAGGCCCGUGAGAUCUUCCAGACUCGGGAGGCCACGAUAGAAUUCUGGGUUGUGUAUACAGAUGGUAAUCAGUGUGAGUCCAAUCCCUGUGUGAAUGGAAGUUGCGUGGACCAAUUCAAGUCCUUCACCUGCAAGUGCAACCAAGGGUUUGAAGGGAAAUUAUGCGACCACAAUGUCACAGCUACAAGCUGCAGGAAAGACAACGGAGACUGCGAGCAGGUGUGCGCGGAGAGCGCCAACGGCACGAGCCGCGCGUGCAGCUGUGUCCGUGGCUACAGUCUCGACCUGAACUCCAGGAGCUGCAUCCCCACUGCCAAAUUCGCAUGUGGCCGAGUGCACAUCCCCAGAAGUUCUUCAGAUGUUAAAAACCACAAAGGCCUGAUGCCGUGGGUGGUGAGUGGGGAGAGAGGGAAGAAAGGUGAAAGCCCCUGGCAGGCGAUGCUCCUGAACGAGAAAGGUAACCUGCACUGCGGUGGUGUUCUCAUCUCUGAGUCCUGGGUCCUUACCGCUGCUCACUGUCUGGAAGGAGAGCCACACCUCAGUGUCAGACUGGGAGAGUACGACCGGACCAUCAAAGAGGGAAGUGAGGUAACGCUGCCUGUGGCAGAGUCCAUCUCCCAUCCCGACUACAACACGGAGUCUGUGGACAACGAUAUCGCCCUGUUGCGCUUGGCCUCGCCGGUCAGCUACACCACCUUCAUCGCCCCAGUGUGCCUUCCCAGCCGCAAGCUGGCAGAGAACAUUCUGCACCGUAACGGCACCAGCACCAUCGUCACAGGCUGGGGCAGGAAAACCUACCAAGGCCCGAUGAGCUUGGCCCUUCGCUACAUCAACAUUCCAGUGGUGGGGCACGAGCUGUGCUCGGACGUCAUGCCGAACGAGAUCACCGAGAACAUGCUGUGCGGAGGGAUCCUGGGCCAGGAGCAGGACGCCUGCAACGGUGACAGCGGUGGCCCCAUGGUCACCAAGUAUCACGACACGUGGUUCCUCAUUGGCCUGGUGUCCCUGGGCGACCGCUGUGGACAGAAAGACAGGCUGGGCAUUUACACUAAGGUGGCCAACUACCUGGACUGGAUCGAGAGCAUCCAGCAGACCAGAAAAAAGCCUUAGCUCUGCAAACAGAGAUGUCCUAAAAUCACAAGAUUCAUGUAUGUGUACUGCUAAAAUAAACUGCAGCCUCCGUUUCUCAA